UUCAUUUCUGGGAGGUGCUUAUAUAUAGAGAUCUCUAUACUCAUCACACACAGACUAGGAUUAGAGCAGCAGAGACACCUGAGAACGGGAGUUGGUCACCAUUCAGACAGAUGCUGGUCUGGGCAUCACACCUUGCCAGGCACAGCCAAGUAGUGGCAGGGCUGCAGAGAAUCUCACAAUACAGCAAAGCAUCUCUCUUUGGCAGGCUGUCGUUUAUGAAGCAGCUGAGGUGUCUCCUAUUAUUCAGAAUGACAGCCACCAAGGUGAUCAUUGACACGGAUGCUGGGAUUGAUGAUGCUCUGGCAAUCUUCAUGGCUCUGGAGGCUCACCGGCGGGGCUGUCUGGAGGUGCUGGCCAUCACCACCGUGCAUGGCAACACUGCCGUCCACAACGUCAAUAACAAUGUAUUUAGGAUCCUUCGCCUCGCCAACAUGCUAGAGGUGCCUGUGUACAGUGGUGCCAGCCAGUCCCUGGUGCAUCCCUACAUCCAUGGUGAUGAGCCCUUCCAUGGUAAAGAUGGCUUUGGGGAAGCAGUCCUGUCCCCUCAGCCCCCUGCCUCCACCUUCCUGCAACCCUGCCAUGCUGUCUGGGCCUUGCUGGACCUGGUCAAGCAGCACUCAGGUGAGGUGGUUUUGGUGGGACUGGGACCACUGACCAAUCUGGCACUGGCACUUCACCUUGACCCAACCUUCACCUCCCAUCUGGCUGCUUUCUAUGUCAUGGGAGGAAACACAUCAGGUAAGGGCAACAUCACCCCAUCAGCAGAGUUUAAUUUCCACUGUGAUCCUGAUGCAGCCUUUGUGGUGUUAGCGAAGACCAGUGUCCCAAUCCGCCUCACUUCCUGGGAGGACUGCUUGAAGUUUGGCUCCUAUCCUUAUUCUGUGCGGGAUGAGUUGGGACAGACCAAAACUGCUGUUGCUGAUCUAAUGAACAAAAUUGAGGCUCAGUCGAGGAAGAGGAGAGAGGAAGCUUCCAAGCUUUGGGUGACCUGCGACCAGCUGGCAAUGGCCUGGGUUAUUGAUGACGCCAAGCAGAAGAAAGUGGAGUCUGAAUGCAGGAAAGAAAAUGAUCCAAACUUGAUGGGUUUUCUGGGGCAGCAAGGGGAGACACUGGUCACUGCCACAAGGACUUGCCAUGCCUCUGUGGAAACAACAUACGGAUUGACAAGAGGCCAGAUGGUGGUGGAUGAUGAUAACCAGCUUGGCAAUAAACCCAAUGUGAUCCUGAUGGAGGAUGUUAACGACAGCACCUAUAUGAAGUAUCUCUUAAUGGGAUUUGGAGCAGAUGUCUGAUGCCUCAUAGGUCAUGCCCAGAUACAGACUAAGAGGGGGAAUGCCCACCUGGUACAGUACAUGAGGGCAACAAAUGAUGCUACAAAAAGAAUAAUCCAAGAAUACUGAACAUGGCAUUAGCAAAACGCAUCAAUUGAGAAAGAAAGAUUUGGAAGACUGCAUAUCCUUCUCAGUAAAUCAGAUACAAGGUUUGAAACAUACUGGUGACCUUCCUGCUGCUGAACCUAAAUGAAGGGUAAACCUGACCUGAGGAUAUGGUAAAGAAACAAAGGACAUGGCAGCAUAACACAAUGACUUAACUGCCAAUUGAGUGAGGCAGAGAUGUCCUCACUCCUUGCUCUGCCCACCAGGGAGUGCUGCUAUAUCAUGUAUAUAUAACUGUUACCAAAGGCCCAGCACUCAGUCCUUCCCUUCCUUGUCGGAGUGCACGGACCAGCCAUACACCACGCGGUCGAAUCCUGCUGUGAAGAGGUUGCAGCGUGCCCCCAGUGAGUCAUCUCCCCAGGCCACACUGCACACCAUCCGCCGGUGACACUGGGACCAAAGUAAUGUUAAGAUUAGAGGUAUAUCACUUGGUUUUGUUGGUCUAGUAGUAAAUGUAGGCACUUGGUUAAAUUAUGGUGACACUAGGACCAAAUUGAUGUUAAGAUUAGAAGUAAACCACUUUUGCUGGUCUAGUAGUAAAUGUAGAUACUACUUAUAAGAGGGAUAUUGGCUUAGGGUACCAAAAAAAUGGUCCACUGAUGGUGCUAGUCCUUAAGUGGGAACAUAAUUAGUGGGAAAGGUAUUAUCAUUCAUCUCAGGCUGACUGCUCAAAUGUAAUCUGUACUGACUAGAUGAGUCUCUCUCCUCUGAAACCUGUUGUUAUGAAUUCAAUUUCUCUAGUUUAUUCUAUUAAUGCACCUCACAAUUUCACUCUUGAGUCUUCCUUCCCAUCUCUCACUUACUGUUGCAUGUUAACGUCACAUUCUCACAUUUCAAACGUCCUAUUAGACCUGAGUAUUUGAUAUUUGCGAGUUUGAAAUAUGCAAAUUCUGUUGUAUGCAACUAACCUAAAUGUGUCAAAUAUUCUCAAUAUACAAGAAAAAUUCCCAGUAAAAUUCACCACUGACCAUCUUUACACUCAUCUCCUGGAGUCCACUAGUCUUAGAGUGAAUGCAAUUCCUAAUUUUUUGUUUGUUUACAAUGUCUUUUCAUAUUUCAUUUUACAAUUUAUUUUUACUAAUGUGUUUCACUGUUGAUUUAGUGCUUUAUUUUUGUGAAAUGGUGCCAAAAUAAAUAUUUAGUGGGUUCAAAAA